CUUGUUGGGUUUGUCACAUUCCCAAGUGGCAUUCAACGGCAAACUCUUUCUUGAAAACAGAUGAAACAACAACGUGAGCUCGACGACCAAAUAGACACUUUAGAUAUUUCUUCGACUAUAAAAAAGUGUUUAAAACGAAUAGAUGUUGAUUCGAAGAGAACUUUUUUGAAGGAUGAUGCAUUUCUUCUCAAACAAAUAGUUCGACUGGAUACCAAAGAUACUUUGAGGAUAAUAGAAGCUUUCUCUUCCAAAGAGAUAAAGAACCCCACUGCCUAUAUUCUCAAAGCAGUGAAGACAGCUUUCAAGGAUUAUUUCUUCCAUUGGAACCUUUCUUCUAGGGUUGCCGAAGCUAUCGAACACUUUCCUCCUUCAGGAUAUUUGAUAUUCGACAUUGAUACCAUUUAUCAAUUAUCUAAACUGUCUGAAAAGGAAGGAUUAGGCUUUAUUUCUUUUAUAGAACGACGAAUUCGCUUUCCCUCGUCCUUUGACGGAUUAGAAAGGCUCCGAACUUUUAUUGAUGACUAUUUGAGAGCUCUUAGACACUCCGAUCCAAUCCCCAAAAUUCCUUCUGAGUUCGAAUAUACGGAAGAGAAUAAAGUACCUGUUAAGAGAAAACAUGUGCAUCAUUCGGAGUAUUCUCUACAAGAAAAGGAUGAAGAAAUGGUUACUAAAGAAACAGAAGAGUUGAAAGGACGUGUAAAACGAUUAAAGGAGCGCAUCUUAAGUGGAGUGUUCAAAAUAGACGAAGCGACGUUGGAUAUGGAUCAGAUAGCAGCAGAAAUGGAAACGGAACGUGCAAGACAUUUACAAAAGACCAAUCAUAUCUCUUGGAAAGUACAUAUUGUGUAUGAUGAAUUGUCUUUAUCUUUCCAUUCCAUUGGUCGCUUAGUAUGUAGACCUUCUGUAUUACCUUCUAUGCCGGAAGAGAUAAGAUUGGAUUCUUUGAUUGCAGUUUCAGAGAUGGAAUCCCAAUUUCCAUCUUAUCCUUGUAUUUGGCUCAUUGUGCCACGUGAAGAUCCUUUGGAACAUUUUCGGACCAUUCAAAGAAGGUUACAAGUCACUCAAAGUGUAGCCAUUGCAAGAUAUCAACUCAUGGGUCGAUGGUUUACUUUAUUUGUUACUUGUUAUUCCUCUCGAAUCGAACAUUUAUUACCCAAACAAAGAGAAACAUUUCUAUCAAAAGGUGAUAUGUUGGUCUUUGUUUGUUGGUCUCCAACUGGAUAAGAUCGAAGUGUUUCAUAACAACUCUUAGAUGUGCAUAUGAUGAUGA